AUGGUGGAGGAAAUGUAUUUGCAGAAAGGUUCCUCUUUCAUGGAUCCUUUUAAAGGAGAUUUGUUGGCGUAUUUUCUCCCCGAGUCGUGCUACACUGCUUUUUUCCUGCAAUACAACUUCAUAGACGGAGCGUGUUUUAAGACGCUACUGAGCAAAGUCCUGGGGACCGCCAUCAUCUUGGGAUCACUGAUGGUAAAGUUGCCUCAGAUUGUGAAGGUGAUUGCAGCAAAAAGUGCAGAGGGUCUAAGUUUCCCGUCUGUGCUGGUGGAGCUGCUGGCCAUCACAGGAAGCAUCGCCUACGGCGUCAAGAACAGCUUCCCCUUCAGCGCGUGGGGUGAGGCGCUCUUCGUCAUGGUGCAGACGGUCACCGUCGGCUUCCUCAUUCAGUUCUACACUAAAAGGACAGCCAAAGGUGUUGUUUUUGUGUUGGUGUAUUUGGGAUUGUUGUUUCUCUUGUUGUCUCCACUCACUCCUUCAUCAGUGGUGACCACCAUGCAAGCGUCCAACAUGCCUGCAAUCAUCGUCAGCAGGAUCAUCCAAGGAGUCACCAACUUCCGGAAUGGACACACUGGCCAGUUGUCUGCUAUGACUGUUUUCAUCUUAUUUGCUGGAUCGCUAGCGCGCAUCUUCACAUCAGUGCAAGAGACCGGGGACACGCUGCUGGUCGUCACCUACGUGGUAUCAGUGGCCUGCAACCUCGUCAUAGUUGUGCAGAUUCUCUACUACUGGAAAAGAACUCAAAAGAUUCUAAACAAAGUACCGGACAUUGAAAAGACAACGGUCCAUGUAUAGAUCUUCUUCUUCUUUUGUGUCCCAAAAAGGAA